AUGACCUCCAAUGACGUGCGCGACAUCCUGUCGCUCCCCGAACGGCCGGCGUCGCAACCUUCCUCAUCAGCACAGGCAUCCGGCUCUUCAUCAAGAAACCGCAAAUCAUCUGGCUCGAACAAUCCACAUCCGUCCUCAGCAGCAUCUGCAUCACGGCCCAAGCCUAAAUACGAUGGCAUGACGAGAGAACUAUUCGCGCUUCUCGGCGACAACGCACCGUCGCUCGCAAUGACACACGGCCUGGAUGCUGAAGGCAAACCUGUCAUGGGGCUAGGGGGGCUGUUCAAGCCCAAAUUCAAACGCAGGAAGGAGAAGGUGAGGCAAUGGCGGUGGACGCCAUUCCUAAACUCGGCUCGCGACGACACGCAAAUCGACGACGAUGUGCCUGAAAUCAACCAUGGACUUAUCCUGCACCACUGGGCACCUGCUCGCUCGUUCUCAACAACAGCAGCGGAUGGAAUAUCCGCUGAAGAUGCAGAUAUCGACACGAAGUACCAAUAUGCCGCGUUCAACACCACCUCGGGCGUCUAUAGCUACUCGAACGACGAAUACAUCCAACAUCUGCGGGACGACGAUUGGACUAAAGAAGAGACGGACUACCUGAUGGAGCUUUGUACCGCCUAUGACCUGCGCUUCGUCGUCAUUCACGACCGAUACGACUGGGCAGCUGCACAAGCGUCCUUCCUGGCUGGUUCCACCUCGGCCGUACCUCAGCCGGUGAAAGAGAGAAGCAUGGAGGAUCUCAAAGUUCGCUACUAUGCUAUAUGCCGACGUCUCAUCCGCUCUCGUAUCUCGACCGACGAUGUGGAAACACGACAGAUGCUCUUGAGCACGUACGCAUUCGACAAGCAACGCGAGGUGGAACGCAAGAAGGCGGUGGCGCGGUUGUACACGCGCACGCCGGAACAGUUGGCGGAAGAAGAAGCGCUGUAUGUCGAAAUUCGCCGUAUAGAGCAGAAUGAAGCCAAGUACGCAUCCGAGCGUGAAGAGCUGCUACGGUUGUUGGGUGGAUGGGAAAGUCUGCCCAGCUCGAGUCCGCAUGCUGUCGCCGCAGCGGGCUCGGGCAUCGCGAGCCUGUUGGGGGCGGAAGAAGAUUCUACGGCGAAAGGUCGUGCUGGUAGUGCCAACAAGAAACGAAAAUUGCAGCAGAUCGAAGAUAACGGCACACCGGGCGCGGACGAUGCGGGUAGUUCGACGGGUGCUACUGCAGCAGCGACGAGCAGGCCUUCGGCCAACCUGACGAGCAAGCAACGUGCCGAGUUGCGACAGGCGCAGUUCGACGAGAUGCAGUGCAUUGUUCGUUUCGCUUCCAACGCGAAUGCCACCACGGAUGCAUCUGCUGGCGGCAUAGCCGGCCCAGCUGCUGUCAGUGCUGCAAGUAGUUCCACGCGCCCUCCCUAUGCAUACCUUGUCGGGACCGCCUCGACCCUACCUGCAGUUACGUCGAACCCAGCCAACCCCACGUCUGGUCAUGGUGUCUACUUGCGUUCAUCCCGCAUGCUUGCGCCUCGACCCAAUUUGGUACUCAGAACAACCCAAGUGCUGUCCGAGUCGGAUCCACCCGUCGGUCCACGUCUGAUUUUCCCAACAGCCAAAAACGUCGAGAAGUGGGAGAACCUCAUUGGAGCUGUAACGACUGGCUUGGAGAUGAGGAAACAGCUAGAAAGGGUCAACGCCGAGUUAAGGAUUGCAAAGCAGAGGAUCGCAGCUGCACUACAUCCCAAUCGCAUGGCAGAUAAGAGCGAAGCGAGCGCAGAGGCUGUCGAGAGUCGCUCGGCAGCUCCAACCGAAAACUCGAUCGCCGCAACCACUAGCACACACGCUCAGAUUACAAUCAAGACCGAGUAG